AUGGCAGAGGCUGUUGUGGGAGUGCUGAUUGGCAAGGUAGGUGCAGCCUUGGCCAAAGAAGCAGCAGCCUACAGUACAUCCCUGCUUUGCAAGAAAGCUUCUCUCAAGGGUCUCUUUGGCGAGAUCCGCAAAGCCAAGGUGGAGCUGGAGUGCAUGAAAGCCUACCUGCGUGAGUCUGAGAAGUUCAAGGAUUCUGACGAGAUCACUGGUAUCUUCAUCAAGAAGAUACGGGAACUAUCUUUCCAGAUUGAGGAUGUUGUCGAUGAGUUCAUGUACAAGCUUGAGGACGACAACCAUGGAGGAUUUGCAGCCAAAAUGAAGAAGAGGAUCGAGCAUCUCAAGGUUUGGCACCGUCUAGCUCACAAGCUCCAUGAUAUCAAUGCCGAGCUUGAAGAAGUUACAAAAAGGAGGGCCCGUUAUGUCAUCCCAGGAAUGCUGGGACGCACUGGGAGCGGUGGCCAUCAUGCGAAAUCCAACACUCAAAAUUUGUGUAUUUCAAGGGAUGGCGAUCUAGUGGGUAUUGAAGAUGCUGCAGACAAGCUCAAGGGGUGGCUAGUCAGUGAUUUGGAAGAAUGGAACAGUAGAAUCACUACAGUGGGGGGGAUGGGUGGAGUUGAUCAUGUCUAUAACAUUGUGAAAGCCGAGUUUGACACUGCUGCAUGGGUAACUGUGUCCAAGAGUUACCAAAUUGAGGAUUUACUGAAAAGAAUUGCAAUGGCGUUCAGCAUCUCAAUCGAUUGUAGCAAUAUGGAAAUAAGAAUUGUAGUUGAGGCCAUCCGUAACCAUCUUAAAGGUAAAAGGUACAUCUUAGUGCUCGAUGAUGUUUGGGAACAGGAUGUGUGGAUUAAUAUCAUGAAUCUUUUUCCUACUAACGGUACAAGCCGAUUUGUUCUCACAUCAAGAUUAUCCAAAGUUGCAUCAUUGGCAAGUAAUGAUUGUGCAAUUAUGCUAAAACCACUACAAGAAAAGCAUUCUUAUAUGUUAUUUUUCAAGCUAGCUUUUUGGAACAACGAGGACAAGAGCUGCCCUUUGGAGUUAUGGGAUUUGGCCACAAAGUUCUUAGAAAAGUGUGAAGGUUUGCCUAUUGCUAUCGCGUGCAUAGGCCAGCUACUGUGUUUCAAACCCCCAACUUACUCUGAAUGGGAAAAGGUGUACCAGAAGUUAGAGUUGCAGUCAACUAAAAACACAAUCCCUGGUGUUGAUAGCAUUUUGAAAGUCAGUUUGGAGGACCUUCCAUAUGAACUGAAGAACUGCAUCUUACAUUGUGCACUCUUUCCAGAGGAUUAUGAACUGAGGAGGAGAAGGUUAAUAAAGCACUGGAUUACUUCUGGAUUCGUCAACGAAAAAGAGAACAAUACACAUGAAGUGGCUGAGGGCUACUUGAAUGACCUUAUAAACCGAAGCCUGCUACAAGUUGUGAAGAAUGAGUUUGGAAGAGUGAAGAAGUGCCUGAGUGCAUGA